AUGGCUUCUUUCCAAUGGGCAAAUGACAUAAAACCUCUUUCAUUUACACCAAAAUUUAUAGUCCCAGACGAAAAUAAACCAAAUCUCACAAACAAAACUGAUUUGGGUGUGAUUCCAAUUAUAAAUUUGAAUGAAAAAACAGAAAUAAUUGUUAAACAAAUUACAAAAGCUUGUGAAGAAUUUGGGUUUUUUCAAGUGAUAAACCAUGGAAUUCCAAAGGAAUUAUGUGAGAAAGUAUUGGAAGUUAUUACAAAGUUUUUUGAACAAUCUUAUGAAGAAAAGGCUGAUUUGGUUUCACAACAACAUAUGGAAGAUGGGAAAAUAUUCAAGUAUUACAUUAAAGAUCAAGAAACUCAAGAAAAGAUUUCUAUGUGGGGUGAAGCUUUCUAUCAUACAUGGCAUCCUCUUGAUUUUUCUACUUUCAUCCAUAAGUUGCCUCUCAAUCCUCCUCAUUAUAGGGACACUAUUGCUGAGUAUGCUAAAGAAAUAGGAGUGCUAAUGACCCAAAUGUUUAGCUUACUAUCCCAAGGACUUGGUUUAGACAAAGACUAUCUUGACAAAAGUUUAAGGCGUUCAUACACAGCACAAGCAAACUACUACCCACCAUGUCCGCACCCUGAACUAACAUUAGGAUUACGCGAUCAUACUGAUUUUAACAUCCUUACAUUUCUCCUUCAAGACGAAGACGUAACAGGCCUCCAAGUAUUCAAAGAUGGAAAUUGGAUGGAUGUUCAUCCUGUUCCCAAUUCAAUAGUUAUCAAUGUGGGUGAUCAAUUGCAAGUACUUAGCAAUGACAGGUUUAAAAGUGUGUUGCAUAGGGCUGUCACUAAUGAGCAUAAGAAAAGAGUUUCUUUUGCUAUGUUUGUGGGCCCUGAUCACAAGGAUUUUGUUGAACCUAUUCCCGAUUUGGUUCGUGAAGGUCACCCUGCUAAAUAUAGAGAGUAUCGUUUUGAGGUAUUCAUUCAAGAAUUUCGUAAUCAAGAAGGGAAAUAUAGGAUGGUUAAAGAAGUGUUUAGAAUUGGUGAUUGAAGGUUCAUUAUUCUAUUUAUAUUUUAUGUCUUUGAUCAAUAAAUUUAGUCUCUUGAUAUCUAUGGUUAAGGAGUAAUUGUACGUUGAAUCAUGAAACCUUGUUACACCACCACUAUCACGCUGUAAAAAUAAUUAUAUUUUAGUGGGCUACUUCAUCUACUAUCGAUUGAUAUAAUAUGUGAGUAUGACCUUCGAAUAAUAUCACGGUUUGGUAGAAGGUUGAGAUAUAUUUCAUUUAGUUCCUUAAUAUCCGAUUGACAAUCAUGUCAACAAACAUUUAUUUACUAAUACUCUGUAUUAUUUUAAUUGUCAAUUUUGAAAUAACAGUAUA